AUGCAGCCGGAGUCGGGAACGAGAGGUGCGACAGGCCAUAUCCUCGUGCCGGGGUUUCUUGGAUGCAGUGGGUCCACAGACUCCAAGUACACGUAUGUACGUUACUUGGCGCAUGGCAGUUCCUGGGAGACGUGGAAGGUGCUGGAUGUGAGCGACGGAAAACCAUAUGCACUGAAGAUAACUUCUCUUAAAAAUUACCGUGAACCAAAGUUGUUGCGGGUGCGGACAGAAGUGCGCUGUUUGGAGUCUAUUGACCACUUUGCAUGCAUUCGGCUUCACGAGAAGCCUGAGACAGAGUCGCACUUUUUUUUCGUCAUGGAGUACUGUGACGCCGGCGAUUUACGCUAUCAGAUGCGCGAUGGCGGGAAGCUGCUGGAGCACCAGAUAGUUCAUAUUCUGCUAAAGCUUGUCCUGGCCCUUCACUACCUCCAUACGAAGAAAAAGAUUCUCCAUCGUGAUCUCAAACCUGCCAAUGUUCUUUUGAAAACGACGGGACUCUUGAAGCUGGGAGACUUUGGCUUCAGCAACGCGUAUGACACCAUCAGUGGUGACGUGGGCCUCACCAUAUGCGGCACCCCCGCUUACGUUGCGCCAGAAUUAUGGCGGAAUGAGCGCUACGGAGCAGCCGCCGAUAUUUGGUCGCUUGGUGUUAUCCUGUACGAGGCCAUGACCGGCAGACGCCCGUUUGAGGGCACCAAGUAUGAGGAGCUGCGCCACAAGGUUCUUCAUGAGGAGGUGCUGCCCAUAAAGACUUCGCACAGUGUGGAUUUGAAGCGCACCGUGUACGCACUACUCCGCAAGUCGUCCGUGGAGCGUCCAGACACCACUCAACUUCUGCGCGAGCCCCUCCUCGUCGCAGCGCUGAGUAACUUUCCGGAGGUUCUAAGAGUCUCUGAUGUGGAGGAUUCGUUGUUGCAGCGCGUCUUGCAUGACAUUAGCCCUGAGCAGCUGCUGCCUCGUCCACGGCUGGACCACUCCGUGCUCUUUUCUGGCAUGGUGUGGAAGCUCAAGCCGACGCAGGAUUAUCAGGAACGCUACAUGGAGCUGGCGGACGGUCAAUUGUCGCUGCUGCUUCGACCCGGUGGGAGAGUCGGCUUCCGGGGAUGCAUCCCGCUGCUGCGGGUGGAACAGGUGGCCUGCAUUGACCCCAACCACUUUGCGCUGAAGAUCGAGGGGGCGGACUGGUGUUUUUUCCAGACACCACAGGCGGCAGUCUGGGAGGAGCAGCUACGUGCGGCGCUGGGAAUAUAG